AUGUCAGAUCGCGAAUUUAGUUCAAACGAUGACCUGUCGCUUCCUAAAGCGACGGUCCAAAAAAUCAUCACCGAGAUUCUGCCCCCUUCUUCCGGCCAGACCUUCUCCAAAGACGCUCGCGAUCUCCUGAUGGAAUGUUGCGUCGAAUUCAUCACCCUGAUCUCCUCCGAAGCCAAUGACAUCAGCGAGAAAGAGGCGAAGAAAACAAUCGCCUGUGAGCAUGUAGAGCGGGCUCUGCGUGAUCUUGGGUUUGGCGAUUAUAUCCCCGACGUGCUUGCUGUGGCAGAGGAGCACAAGGAGCAGCUGAAGUCGCGAGAAAAGAAGCAAAGCAAGAUGGAGCAGAGUGGACUGUCGGAAGAGGAGCUGCUACGACAGCAGCAGGAGCUGUUCCGCUCUGCUACGGAGAAGUACCACGCUGCCCCGGAGUAA